CAGAAGAGAUACAUUACUGAGGACAUGCACGUUUAUUAUUAUUACUUUAUUUAAAAAAAAAAUAAUAAUAAACAAACAAACAAAAAAAACCUUCAGUUAACAACCUUUUGUCAUUGGGUUAUAAGGAUGGGUUUUGUGAGUCCAGUUAAAAACCAGUUGAUUUUUACUUGAGCUGAGAUAAGAAGUUUUUUUCAGAUCCAAAAUGGAUAAUGGCAGUGAACCAAAACCACCGGAUAGCAAAAAAAAGAUGUAUUUUUGUGAUACUUGCAGUGUGUCGUGUACAAGUGCUUGUGAUUUUAAUCAACAUAUGACGGGCCGUAAACACAGAUCGCGCAACCCAGGAGAGAAGAAACCCAGCGGGAUCAUAAACACCACACAACACAACCCAGCAGAGAAGAAACCAAGCGGGAUCACAAACACCACACAACACAACCCAGCAGAGAAGAAACCCAGCGGGGUCAUAAACACCACACAAAACAACCCGGCAGACAAGAAACCCAGCGGGAUCACAAACACCACACAAAGAGUGAAACUCUGGAAGGUGCAAAAUUCGAACCCCCUGGAGCCGUUAAUUCAAAUUGGGCAUGACGAGCCUAUUAUUGGUCUGCAGCAUGUGGUUGAGUUCCGUUACCCCAAUAAUGAGUUCCCUCCACAUUACUUAUGCAAGCUGUGUAAUGUCAAAGCAAGCAUUGACAUCAUUGUUUGGCACAUCACUAGUAUGAAACAUCGCAACAAAUAUAUGAAAUUGAAACCUGCUGGUAUGAUCCCUGAGGAUGACUUGGGAGAUUUACCACUGAACAGGAAAAUCCGAAAGAAGGCAAAGUUUCUUGAGCAGUUGGAAGGAAGGGGUGUAAUGAAGGUGAAAAUGUCAAAACGAAGUCCGCCUUUUAAAAAUUCAAACCCAGAACCAGGUUGGAGAUUUCCUAAUGUUGGCCCACCUGGUAUGAACCCCAAUGAUGUCCCUCCUGGAAUGAACCCCAAUGAUUUCCCUCCUGGAGCGAACCCCAGUGAUUUUCCAUGUGGAGUGAACCCAAAUAGUGUCCCUCCAGGAAUGAACCCCAAUGAUUUCCCUCCUGGAGUGAACCCCAAUGAUUUCCCUCCUGGAGUGAACUCCAAUGAGUUUCCACGUGGAGUGAACUCCAAUGAUUUUCCACGUGGCGUGAACCCCAAUAAUGUCCCUCCUGGAAUGAACCCCAAUGAUUUUCCACGUGGAGUGAACCCCAAUGAUUUUCCACAUAGAGUGAACCCCAAUGAUUUUCCACGUAGAGUGAACCCCAAUGAUUUUCCACGUAGAGUGAACCCCAGUGAUUUUCCACGUGGAGUGAACCCCAGUGAUUUUCCACGUAGAGUGAACCCCAGUGAUUUUCCACGUAGAGUGAACCCCAAUGAUUUUCCACGUGGAGUGAACCCCAAUGAUUUUCCACGUGGAGUGAACCCCAAUGAUUUUCCACGUAGAGUGAACCCCAAUGAUUUUCCACGUAGAGUGAACCCCAAUGAUUUUCCACGUAGAGUGAACCCCAAUGAUUUUCCACGUGGAGUGAACCCCAAUGAUUUUCCACGUGGAGUGAACCCCAAUGAUUUUCCACGUGGAGUGAACCCCAAUGAUUUUCCACGUAGAGUGAACCCCAAUGAUUUUCCACGUGGAGUGAACCCCAAUGAUUUUCCACGUGGAGUGAACCCCAAUGAUUUCCCUCCUGGAGCGAACCCCAAUGAUUUUCCACGUGGAGCGAACCCCAAUGAUUUUCCAAGUGGAGUGAACCCCAAUAAUGUCCCUCCUGGAAUGAACCCCAAUAAUUUCCCUCCUGGAGUGAACCCCAGUAAUGUCCCUCCUGGAAUGAACCCCAAUGAUUUUCCUCCUGGAAUGAACCCCAAUGAUUUUCCACGUGGAGUGAACUCCAUUGAUUUUCCACGUGGAGUGAACACCAGUGAUUUUCCAUGUGGAGUGAACCCCAAUAAUGUCCCUCCUGGAAUGAACCCCAGUGAUUUCCCUCCUGGAAUGAACCUCAAUAAUACCCCCUCCGGAGUGCCCCAUGGAGAUCUUUCUGCUGGCAUGCCCCAAGGUGAUAUUCCUUUGGUGCACCCUGAUGCUUUUUCAAGUAGAAGGUACACGGAUUACCCUGGAAGAAGAUAUCCUGAUGAAUUUCCAGUUGUCAGUUUUCGUGAAGGCAGCCCUCUUAGAGGGGAGAGGAUGAGACCGGAAAUGAGUGACUUUGAAGCUGGAGUGAGAAGUGAAUUUGAAACACUCAUCAGAAGACAAAGAAUGGACCAUAUGGCUCAGAUGGAUGUUAAUGAAGUCUACAAGAGAACUCUUGAAGGGAGCUCCACAGAUUCUACAGUCUUUGAAACUCUGGAAAAAUUUCGUAUAGAAACUGAGGACGACGCACAGAUGGUUCUGAAGAUCACACAGAAGCUGACUGACAUACUGAUGGAGUAUCGGCUGAGGAGUUUUUCAGCGCCUGAAAGCAAUGAGCAGCCCUCUGGUCCUCCGGAAUAUCCUCCGAUGAGAAUGUCUGGGAGAGAUGGCUACCAAGGUCCAUCUGGGUAUCCUGAUGAAUGCUCACCUCCUUUCAGGAGCUCGUCAGGGAGGAGCUGAAACACAGUCCCUGUUCUGAGCGGACAGAAUCAGAAACACCCUGUUUUACUGCAGCAAAAUUCACAUGGAUUUCAGUUGUUCCAAGUAAAGGCAACGAAGAAGUGAAUACAAGGGAAUAAUUUCUGCCACUUUUUAAACAACAUUUACUGUAUUUGCUCAAUAUAGCACCUGGUUUCUCAGUCUUCUCUGUAUCUGGACAGUCAUUGGGAUAAAGGCAUCUAUUAGAGAGUGGGUGCUAAUUGACCAUUGUAAAAUCAAUACAGCACCACUAAUAUAUAUAUAUAUAUAUAUAUAUAUAUAUAUAUAUAUAUAUAUAUAUAUAUAUAUAUAUAUAUAUAUAUAUAUACACACACACACACACGACUGUGAUACAGUAUUUGUCAAAUACUUCACUUGAAUCUUUUUUAAGCGGUUGAAUCCUGAUCAUGGACUUUUCAAUGUGAGUAAGGGCUGACAGUUAAGACUGCUAUAUCGAGUAUAUGCGGUAUUCAAGUGUUUGUUGUUUUUUUUUUUUGUUUUGUUUUUUUUAAAUCCUCUGUCCAGUGAUAUUAAACCACCUUUUUUCACUUGACCAACUUUUAGGGUCAGAGUUACAUAUGUGCUGAAGGUGGUACUCGUUGAUGAUGCUUUUUGUUUUUGCAAACUUAUGUUCUAAAGGGGAUUUUUUUGUUUUGUUUUAAUGUUAAUUGUGGGUAAUGUGAGUGUCUCUUUUUAGGUCUAAACAGAGGUGGAUCUUCAUUCCAAAACUUGUAAACCUGUCCUAUUGCAGACCAUUUUCCAAAGGUUUAUUUUUAUUGUGUCAGUUGAUGUUAAUGAGAUGGUCAAUAAAUCACCUUUUGGGAAGGAAAAAAACAGCAUGAUUAAUGAUGAGUUAAAAGAUGCACUUGUUAUGUAAAUCUUGAAAGACUGUGGCAAGACUUACCUCAAAUGCGUUUUUACCCCAAAUUUACCACCAGUGCAGAACAACUACAAAGGAUAUUCAUUUUACUUCACAAAAUGGGUGCUGCACAUUCGAAAAAGAUUAAAUAAUUAGGGCAAUUCUACUUGUGACUUUUUGCUCAUUAAAAUCAUUUGCAUUUGGAUAUUUACCUAUUCAGGUAUACCCAGAUAAUCAUUAAGCAAAUGGUCUGAGGUGGAGUAACACUGUCAGUACAUGUUGCAUAGAUCAUUGCAAACAAGAAACUGUUUCCCAACAUGUUUUCAGAGCCACUGGAGAAUCCUUGUAUGUCAAGUUCUAGUGAGUGGAAUAUUUUGAAUGCAGUAUGUACUGUGUAUAUUGUAAACAUAAGAAAUGUCAUUACAGUUUUAAAAAAUGUUGUGUGAAGAUCUGUAUCAUAUGAAAAAGGGGGCUAGUCACAAUGGUCUUACUACUAAGAAAUAGAUUUGUAAUACUUUGGUUAGUGCUCCUUUUAACCCACUCCAUUAUCCCUUGUAUCCCAUCUAGUAAAAGUACUCCUGCAUGGAGUGAGUAAUGAGAGUGUGGUUCUAAUCCCAUUCUUGCUGAUCUUGGCAAGCGAUUGUUUUGUAUAAACAGUACCCAAAGGGGUCAUCUGUUAUUAUUCUUGUCUUGCGUGAAGACAUUCCAGAUUUGUUUGUGUUCUAAUAUAUUUGGAACAGAUGAAAUAUUGCAGGUGUUUUUUUUGUUUUUUUUUUCCUAAUGUUUAGACAGUUUGCUACACUUUAGUAAUUUUCUUUUAAAAUAAAAAAAACAAUCCUCCAAAUCUACAAAACUCUAAUUGAGCAGAAUUUGAACGUUACAUCUGAAAUGUUAGCAUCGUACUGUGCAGUACACACCUCUGCCAACACAAUACAUAUUUGCUGGUUGCAGUGAAACCAAAAUAGAUUUGUAUCCAUGCAAACUAGAGUUGUAGAGUGAUGGCACAGGCUGUGAGGGCAAGUCCGCUUCCCUGCCUCGGUCGAGACUCUCCAGUCCUGGCUGUGCUAGAAGCUGACGGGUGUCCUGGGGGUACUUCCCAACCUGUUUUCACAAGUCUGUGUAGGAGGAACCUCCAGGGAGAGAGGGCAGGGACAGCAGCCUGUUUUCACAAAUCUGUGUAGGAGGAACCUCCAGGGAGAGAGGGCAGGGACAGAUGCACUGAUCUAUCGGACAGUCUCUCAGCAGCUUGUACAGACUUUCUGCUUCCACCUGCAAAUCAAGAAUGGUGUUUCCCAUUACCUGGCUUGGAGCUCGAGAUUGCAAAUCCUGGCACUGAACUGCUUUCCUCAUUCCAUAUGAUAAUAUGACCAUCCAUUCAAACAUACAGUAAAAGCUGUAACAGAUAUUAUCUCUUCAAAGAUUAGUUACUUUUCUUUAACCUUUUUAAUCAGGUCUGUUAACAAUAAAUUCUGCCCCGUUUGCCUUUAAAGUCUGUAUAGACGUAGGGGUUCUUUGGGUUGGUUUCACAGUCAUGGUUCAAAUCCCACAUGCACGGAACUGCCUAUAUUGAUUGUGGGCCUGCAGUUGUGUUUUAGUAGAUAAUUGUAAUAAAUGUAACUAUUAGAGCCACAGGAAAUACAGUAGCUUAGUUGAGGGGUUCUUCAUAGUCUGCUGAAAAGAAAUAAAGGACAGUGACAAAAUGUUUCUCACAAUGGUUUGUUUUAAAAACAAUGUAUGUAGUGUAUCAAACAUUUUUAAUAACACUAUGUAACACAAUUUUUG